AGGGGCUCAUUCAUUCCUCAGUCUCGCUGAGGUUUUAGCCUUUACUCUCUUUUCUUCGUCUAGGGUUUUAGCGUUCCGGAGCAAAAGAAAAAUCCAGAGAGCCAUGGAUAGGUACCAGCGUGUCGAAAAACCGAAGCCACAGUCUCCGCUUAGCGAGAAUGAGAUCCGUAUCACCACUCAAGGCGUUAUCCGAAACUACAUCAGCUAUGCCACUACGCUUCUCAUGGAAAAACAUAUGAAAGAGAUUGUCUUGAAGGCAAUGGGCCAAGCAAUCAGCAAGACAGUAGCCAUUACAGAGAUACUGAAGAAGAGAAUUCCAAAUUUGCAUCAAGACACUGCAAUCAGCUCAAUAAGCAUAACUGAUGUAUGGGAACCUAUUGAGGAGGGUCUUGUGCCUGUGGAACAAACACGUCAUGUCUCGAUGAUUUCAAUAACCUUAUCAACUAGAGAGCUAAAUACCAACUCUCCUGGAUGCCAAGCUCCAUCUGUUGUAGCACAACCAAAGAGGCAGUAUGUUUAUCAGCAGCAGCAGCAGCAGCCCAGGUUAGCACGUGCUCCGUACAAUGCCGCCAAUGAAGAUUCAUAUGGCCGAGGUAGGGGUCGUGGUAGAGGGAGAGGGCGGAAUUGGGGCAGGGGUGGAUAUGGAAACGAUCAGGGAAACUAUCAGGGGAACUAUGAAGGAAACUAUCAGGGAAACUAUCGGGGGAACAAUGAAGGAAACUAUCGGGGGAACAAUGAAGGAAACUAUCAGGGAAACUAUCGGGGGAACAAUGAGGGAAACUAUCAGGGAAACUAUCGGGGGAACAAUGAAGGAAACUUUCGGGGGAACUAUGAAGGAAACUAUCAAGAUAACGGUGGGUAUACAAAUUGGAACCGAGGUGGUGGCCGAGGAAGAGGUUGGGGCAGUCGUGGUGCUGGAUAUGAAAGAGGCAGAGGGGGCAGAGGCUAUGGCCGCGGCCGUGGAAGGAUGGGUGGACGUUCAAGGGGAGGUGGUUACCAAGCAUAUUAGAGAGUUGGCUAUCUCUGUCCUUGGAUCAGUGAAAUGCUUACCUUGGCCAUUGGGUGAAUUUUAUCAGUAUGCAUUUUUAUCGAGGGAUGUGGUUUAUGAUUGCAUAGCAUUAUUAAGCAGUUAUUUCAUGCUUUUUCUCUUGAAGAAAUGGAUUUGGGCAAGGUUGUUUAGUUGGUCGUUUGCAUUUAGUGCUAAUAGUUUGG